ACACUGGUGAAAAUGUUACUUUUUAUGACUAUUAAAUAGAUAAGUGAUUAUUGGGAGUGCUUACUGAUUCUUUCAAAAUUAUUUUACAUAAAAAAAAUUACCUACAAGUUUAAAAAGAGUUUUUUCUUUACGAAAUUCCCCCUAUUUGUAUUUAAAUAUUCCGAUUUGAAAUGUAUCUUUUGGCGUGUGCAAAUAAUUAAUUAAGCAUGAUAGUUUUGACUAUAGAACCAGUUUAAACUGUCUUUUUUAUUAUUAGUUUGUGUGGUUUAAUUCUUACGCAUUUAUUCUGUCGUACCCUAUAUAUUUUCUGCCAUGCUGCUUCUCGAGUUUUCUUAAUUGCCGAGGCUGUCAUAUCGAUAUAAUCUACACUUGACUGUUAGGAUUGCUUGUAUGUCGUGCACAUAUAUAAUAUAUAACAUAGCCUGUGUUAGAAGCUACCAACCUAACACGUCUGGUGGAUGUUAUUAAUGUAUGUUCAAUAUAACUGCAACAAAAUUAGUAUUUGUGAUAUAAUUAAUCUAAAGCAAACUACCCUUCUCUUUGUUUAGAGGAACUAACCGCAGUUGGACUCCGGGUGUCACUAUUUGCCAAUAAAUGGCACUAUAAGUCGCAUGAUCUUGAAGGGGAGUUAACAUGUCCAUAACGGAUCCAUAAUAUCUGAAAGAACUAGAGCAGUGUGCGUGUGAGCAUCCUGGAGUUGUAAAAAGAAAAAUAAUAAGUUUGACUUUUCGAGAGGAGACAGAUUAAUUUUUAAACUGAUUUUUUAACACCGAGCUGAAUGAUGAAGACGACAGGAAUUGUCAGCUGGGUGACGCUUUUCUUUGUAUUUUCGGAGACAUGGAGGGCCGCUUUGUCUGUCACGCGUUAUUCUAUACCGGAGGAGAUGGAUCGCGGAUCUAUUGUUGCAAAUCUAGCCUCAGAUCUAGGUCUAGAUGUUACCGGACUAGCACAAAGAGAGGUAAAGCUCGACACUGUUCAUAAGAAAUAUUUACAAAUAAAUAAAAAAACAGGUGAGCUUUAUAUUGCUGAAAAAAUGGAUAGAGAGUCCCUAUGCCAAGGUAAAACAUCGUGUUUUAUCAAACUGGAUAUGAUAAUCAAAAACCCAUUGCGUAUUUUUAACAUUGAAUUAGAGAUCACAGAUAUCAAUGAUAAUGCUCCACAUUUUAGAAUGGAUAGGGUAGAACUGGAUGUCUCCGAGUCUGCAUCACCAGGUGAAAGAUUUUCUUUACCCAAUGCACAAGACCCGGAUGUAGGGGCUAACAGUGUUAAUACAUACAAAAUUAGCGAUAGCGAUCAUUUUACAAUAGAUAUUCAUUCUGGAAGUGAUGGUACAAAAUAUGUCGAUAUGGUCCUUAUGAAAGCAUUAGACAGGGAAGCACAGCCUAUUCAUUAUCUCAUUCUCACCGCUGUAGAUGGCGGUGUCCCUGCGCGCUCCGGAACUGCCAAUAUUAUUGUUCGUGUGCUGGAUACAAACGACAACGCCCCUCAGUUUGACCGCUCAGUAUACACCGUGAAAAUGAGUGAGAAUUCCCCGAUUGGCACUCUUGUUACUAAACUAAACGCAACUGAUACUGAUGAAGGCUCAAACGCAGAAAUAACGUAUUCAUUUACGCUUUACACCUCAGAAAAAACUCAAGACAUGUUCAAUUUGAAUUCAAAAACUGGCGAAAUAACUGCUAAAGGCACUAUAGAUUUCGAAGACAUGAAAAUAUUUGAGAUGCAUAUAGAGGCCAAAGAUAACGGCCCCAUUCCGCUCUCCAGUCAGUGUAGAAUAACAGUGGACAUUAUGGAUAUGAACGAUAAUUAUCCAGAGAUAACCAUCAAAUCACUGAAGAACACUGUGAAAGAGGACACUCCUGUCGGCACAGUUAUAGCUCUUGUAGGUGUAAGCGACAGAGACACGGGAGAUAAUGGAAAGGUUAAUCUCACAAUAAACCAAAAUAUCCCAUUUACUCUAAAUAAAUCGUCUGACUAUCACUACGAACUGCUAAUCUCGGAACCAUUAGAUCGAGAAAUAACUCCAGAAUAUGACAUUACUUUAUUAGUGACAGACAGAGGAAAUCCACCACUGUCUGACAAUGAAACUAUAAUAGUGCACUUGCUGGACGUUAAUGAUAACGCACCUCAGUUCCCACAGAGUUUCUACAGUAUAUCUGUUAUGGAAAACAAUCCUCCCGGGGCUUUAUUGAGCUCCAUAACUGCCCAUGACCCAGAUUUACAUGAAAAUCAGUAUCUAGUUUAUUUCAUAAUAGAAAAGGAAAUAGUGAACACCUCCAUGUCCAUGCUGUUCUCCAUUAAUCCAGAGAAUGGUAACCUUUACGCACUAAAGACGUUUGAUUAUGAGAUAGAGAAGGAGUUUCUUUUCCAUAUUGAGGCCAGAGAUUCUGGUGUUCCUCCACUCAGCAGUAACGUGACUGUUCACAUUAUUAUCAUGGACCAGAACGACAACACACCGGUUAUAGUGUCUCCAUGGCGCGCGCACGGCUCAGUGGUGGAAGAAAAAAUACCGAGAUCCACCGAUAAAGGAACUCUUAUAGCCAAAGUAAUUGCUAUAGACACAGACUCUGUACACAACUCCCGCGUUACGUACCAAUUUCUCCAGAACACUGAUGCUACAUUAUUCAGUUUGGACCAGUACAACGGAGAGAUCCGGACCACCAGAAUGUUCAGUUACAGAGACUCGCGCCACCAGCGGCUGGUGGUGAUCGCCAAGGAUAACGGAGAGCCCUCUCUCUCUGCUACAGUCACCAUCAAACUGUCCACGGUGGAGACCGCGCUUAAAAGCUAUGCUGAAAUGACUGAAGUGCCUUUAGAAUAUGACAUCUUUUCAGAUUUAAAUCUGUAUCUGGUAAUCGGACUGGGCUCAGUGUCGUUUCUGUUACUGAUCACCAUAUUGGUCACCAUCGUACUGAAGUGUCAGAAACCGAAACCCAGUAAAGCUGCUCCUCCCUGUAGGAACAGUGUGAUCAGUGAGAGGAACUCUACCAUUGCAGAUUCCACUCUGGUUUCCAACGAUGCCUACUGGUACAGUUUGUUUCUAGCAGAAACCAGAAAAGGAAAGCUGGUAGUUAGACAACCUGUGCCAAAAGGACAGAGAUACAUUGUGUCCAGUAUACCGAGGAGCACAGGAAUGACUGAGACUAGUGACUCAGCUGCAUCUACUCUACAGGUAAGGUAGCAAA